ACCAUUCCCAUCCUGAGGGUCUUAGCAGCGCGAACGCAGUGGAACACCAGCUCAGAGAUCAUUGCAUUCAGCGCGGAUACGGGCAACGCCCCCAGGGGAGAGAGAGCUGGUGCAGUCCCUCGCACCAAUUGGCUGCAUUCGAUUUCACUUCAACUGCACGGAGCCCCGGUCGGAAUAUUUAUGAGUUGGAGGAGCGGGUCCUCAGGGACGAGGUGUAACGAGGAAAGGAAGUCAGUGGAAGCUGUGAGACCAGACCAAAAGGAGAGGGGAAAGAAAAAAUAAAAGCGAAAAAAAAGUUUCCUUUUUUGCACUGGCGAGACUCCACUGGCAGCUCCAGCAGUUUUUUUUCCUCAAAGGCAGUUCCUGUCCGUGCUGCAGGAGGCACAGAAGCUGAGGUGCGAACAUUGACCGGGGCACUCAGAUGGACAAGUGUUAAAGUAUGGCUACAGAAGUACACGUCGCUGAAAGGGAACAAGAAUUACAAAUAUCCCCCAGACCUUUACUCCACAGGAAAAUGAAACAAUGAAGCUUCAUUGCUGCGCUUCGACGUAGGGGACCUGUUACAAGCAAAGAGACGCUUGCUUUCGACAGAUCAGAGCUAAAAUCUUUUAAUUUCUUCAGCAAAAAAUUCACAAGGUUUUGCAGGUCAAGCACUGGACAUCUGGCUAAAUUGUGGUUGGAUAAAAGGCUUUAAACUUUGCUGACGAUAAAGCAGACGACACUAAUCAGAAGGAAACCACUAGCAGCUCAGUUCUUACAAAGCUAUCUGACCCAAGAUUGCCAAGUCACGUUUCUGAAAACAAAAGGAUCAGCAACUCUCCAUCCACUCUCUGCCUGCGUUUCCCAGAACAAUUGACUAUGUGGACUUCCAAUGCAAAUAGAUGUGUACCUGGACUAUGUGUGUGUCUGACUGGUUUGCUGUACGUGGUUGGGGUCAGGCCUAUAACUGCAGCACCAAACGACCAACACCAUGAGGUGAUGCACCGUCGUGUGAAGAGAGGUUGGGUUUGGAACCAGUUUUUUGUGUUAGAGGAAUACACUGGGUCAGAGCCACUAUAUGUCGGCAAGCUUCAUUCUGACAUGGAUAAAGGAGAAGGCUCUGUCAGGUACAUCCUGUCAGGUGACGGAGCUGGUACAGUUUUCACCAUUGACGACAACACAGGAGACAUUCAUGCUGUACAGAGGCUAGACCGGGAGGAGAAGACACACUACACGCUACGGGCACAAGCCUUAGACAGGUGGACUGGGAGGCCAAUGGAACCAGAGUCAGAAUUCAUCAUCAAGAUCCAGGAUAUCAAUGACAAUGAACCAAAGUUUCUCGAUGGGCCCUAUGUGGCCAGUGUUCCUGAAAUGUCUCCAAUGGGCACAUCAGUAAUACAGCUCACAGCUAGUGACGCUGAUGACCCAACAUACGGGAACAGUGCUCGAGUGGUAUACAGCAUCCUACAGGGACAGCCAUACUUUUCGGUGGAAGCAAGGACAGGUAUCAUCCGGACAGCAUUGUCAAACAUGGACCGUGAAGUAAAGGAUGAAUACCAAGUGGUUGUACAAGCAAAGGACAUGGGAGGUCAGAUGGGAGGAUUAUCAGGAACAACAACUGUGAACAUCACACUCACAGAUGUCAACGACAAUCCUCCAAGAUUCCCUCACAGAUUAUAUCAAAUGACAGUUCUGGAGACGGGAAUGGUUGGCUCAGCAGUGGGAAGAAUUCUUGCUGAAGAUGCAGAUGAGGGAAUAAAUGCCGAACUGAGCUAUCGGAUCAUUGAUGGAGACAGGAUGAACACAUUUGACAUUGUCACCGACAAUAGCAACCAAGUUGGAAUUAUUGUCCUCAAGGAGCCCUUAGAUUUUGAAACGAAGGACAGCUACACGUUAACUGUGGAGGGAACCAAUACUCACCUGGACCUGCGGUUUUUAAACUUUGGCCCAUUCCGUGAUAUAACCAGGGUGGUGGUGUCGGUCGAAGAUGUGGAUGAACCACCACAGUUUGAGAUCAACUUCUACCAGGUGGAGGUUUAUGAAGAUGUUGCUGUCGGUACCACCAUCCAAACCAUUUCAGCACAAGAUCCAGACGCGGCCAAUAACUCAAUUCGAUAUUCGAUUGACCGAUCCACCGAUCCAGCAAGAUUCUUCUCCAUUGACAUGGCAUCUGGAGCUUUAAUGAUUGCAAAGCCAUUGGACCGAGAGCAGUUCUCAUGGCAUAACAUCACAGUGCUGGCAAUGGAAAUGAAGAACCCCACACAGAUUGGGAGUGUUUCCGUCAUGGUGAAAGUCCUCGAUGUUAACGACAAUGCGCCAGAGUUUGUGAAGGACCAUGAGGCCUAUAUCUGUGAAAAUGCCAAGCCUGGUCAGCUCAUUCAGAUGGUCAGUGCAGUGGACCUGGAUAAUCCUCAAGGAGGUCAUCACUUCUACUACAGUUUAGCUCCCGAAGCAGUGAGCAACCCAAACUUCACUGUGCGUGACAAUCAAGACAAUACUGCCUGGAUUCUGACCAGAAGAGCUGGGUUCAAGCACCAGGAGCAGGGCACCUAUUACCUGCCUAUUCUCAUUGCGGACUCAGGUCUACCUGUGCAAAGCAGCACCAGCACCCUGACGAUCAGAGUUUGUGGCUGUGAUCUAGAUGGUAAUGUUCGAUCCUGCAGCAUCGAGGCCUACAGUCUUCCCAUCAGCCUGAGCAGAGGGGCACUUAUUGCCAUUCUCGGAUGCAUCUUCAUCAUGCUGGUCUUGGUGUUGUUUGUUCUAACAUUGAGAAGGCACAAGAAGAAUUCCCUGAUUGUUGACGAUGAGGAGAAUGUCCAUGAAAAUAUUGUCCGAUACGAUGACGAAGGUGGUGGUGAAGAGGACACCGAGGCCUUCGACAUCGCUGCCUUGUGGAAUCCCAGAGAAGUCCAGAUGUCGAAAUCCAGGAGGGAUAUGCUUCCCGAAAUCCAGAGUGUCUCCAGAUACGUGUCACAGUCCAGAGCGGGAGGCAGCAACGUGAACAGCUACAUCCUGGCAAAGUUACACGAUGCCAACACAGAUCCGAGCGCCCCUCCUUUCGAUUCUUUGCAGACUUACGCGUUUGAAGGGAAUGGCUCAGUGGCGGAAUCACUGAGCUCCUUCGAGUCAGCCUCAACAGACUCAGUCCUCAAUUAUGAUUAUCUCACCGACUGGGGCCCUCGGUUCAAGAAGCUGGCCGAUCUAUACGGAGGCUCGGAGAGUGCUGAAGAAUUCUUGUAGCCAGCAAUGGGGAGCUUGUUGGACAGUGACUAACGAUGUCAACAUGGAACUCUCUCCAUAUCGGUCUAAAGAUCCCAUUAUCAGGACAAAUCAACUUUAGACCUUUUACCAGCUUUAAUCACGCCAUAAAAGACAAUAGCUGUGACUAGAUGGUCACGUGGGAGAAAGAGUGAAAAAUUAACUUGAUUUACUCAUGUCUUUAUUCACCUGUCAGGGGAGAAGAGCAGAAAAUAAGACAUUGAUGUGGCUCAGUCUCAGUCUCAGAAAGGGGGUUAGAUCCUGCCUGUGUAAUACUAAACACUGCUCAAGCACUGAGCAAUGAUAUCGCACACCACCACCACCGCGCCCCCCCCCACCCCCACCUCCAGCUCUCAGGCGGAUACAGUCUUCAAUCGGAAUGGGAUUGACCUACAUUUGGAAUUUGCUUUUUCUUUUUUUGGAACUCAUUGUAAAUACAUGCACAAGCGCAGCGCAUAUUAAUCAGGCCACUGCUUCAGUCACACAGCGAGCAGGCUCCUUUCAAGUCUGAGAUGUCACCCAGCUGCCCUGUUGUAACCCAGCAGACUGUCGAGCUAACAAAGUGUGGAGCUGGAUGAACACAGCAGGCCAAGCAGCAUCUCAGGACCACAAAAGCUGACGUUUCGGGCCUAGACCCUUCAGCUUCCUCUUUAGUCACUACAUUGUCAAAAAGGCAGCCCUUCUCUAUAUAAAAAAAUUGCACAGACUGACAAUGUGGUGUGUCCAACUAACUGAUAUCCCCUCCCAAUCCAGGCUCUAACUGUGUCGGGAUACACAAGCAGAUGACAGCUUUCAGCAGUAACCCCACCCUCCACAGGGCCCCACGUCUGUUUUGCUCUGACUCAAUGGCAAUCAGCGACAAUUUAAGGCAGGCUUUUUCUUUAAAUUGCCUAUCCCUACUUGCCCUUCAGAGGGUCGCAGUGGGGAGGUGAGCUGCUGCAGUCUGCCCUCAGCAAGGGAAUUCCAGGAUUUUGACCCAGCGACACUGAAGGAAUGGCAAUAUAUUUCAAGUCAGGAUGGCAAGUGGCUUGGAGAGAAAGUCACGGGGGUGUAAUAUUCCCGUGCAUUUGCUGGCCUUGUCCUCAGUGGUAGAGGUCACAGGUUUGGAAGGUGCUGUGAGAGGUGUCUCGGUGAGUUGCUGCAGUGCAUCUUUGUAGAUCGUACACACUGCUGUGCACCCGAGGGGGACAGAGCGAAUGUGAAAGGUAAUGGAUGUGGUUCCAAUCAAGUGGGCUAUCUUGUCCUGGAUAGUGUCAAGCUUCUCGAGCGUUGUUGGAACUGCACUGAUCCAGACAAGUGGGGAAUAUUCCAUCUGACUCCUGACUUUUAUUUUGUAAAUGGUUCUGGGGAGUCAGGAGGUGAGUUACCUUUUAUAACCAAUAUGUUUGUAUAGCUGGUCCAGUUCAGCUUCUGGUCAGUGGUAACCCCCAAAAUGUUGAUGGAGGGGGGUUUCAGCGAUGGUAAUUCCAUUGAAUGCCAAGGAAUGAUGGUUAGCUUUUUUUUGCAGUUGUAGUUUGUCAUUGCCUGGUACUGGUGUGGCAUAAAUGCUGUUUGCUACUUAUCAGCCCAAACCUAUUCCCGACCAGUUUGUACUGAAUAUAGGCAUGGACUGUUUUGCCACAUAAGGAAUCAGGAAUAAUACUGAACAUUGUGCAAUCACCAGCAAACAUCCCCACUUCUGAUCUCAUGAUGAACGGAAGGUCAUUGAUCACGUGAAACAAAUUUGAUUUUCUUUCUCUUUUCUAAAAGCCUGAUUGGCUUUGGUAUACAAACAAUUCUCAACCACGUUGCCUGAUACACUAAUCCUGCAGCAUUCAGUCAGGCUCUGUCAUGAGAGAGGAGCUGAGGAAAUGGAGACGCUCGGAGAUGACUCUGGAGAGAUGCAGCAGGCUUUCGUUGAACACCAUUUCACUGGAUACCUUUGACAUUAAGACGAAGACUGUCCUAUAAUGGCAGCCAAAUCUAGAGUAGGCAGCAGGGAAUAAAAAAAAGUUUAAAAAAUAUAACAAGAAAAUAUUUGAGCAGAGAUGGGUUGCAAGAAAAUGACAUUAAAUCAGAAUGACAAAUGUAAAAACUCAUUUUCCCUGACUCUGCAUGCAGCUAGAGUUAUAUUGGAAUCAGAAGUGUGAAUAGACAAGAAAUGCUGAUUUGAAUUACAGAUUUCACUCUGCCUGGUGCAAUGGGAUAUACUUUGCGCACCUUACUAGCUUUAUAUGUCUGCCUGGUCUCAGUGGUCCAGGAAGCACAAUAUGAAUCAGCUUGUUCUGAAUUUAGUCCUGAUGUCUAGAGCACACAGGAGCUAAGAGAGGAGUAUUUUCCAGGGAAUGUUGCCUUUGUGGUUGCUGUGGUCCUGGCAAUACUUUAUCCUUCACCAGAUUUAAUCCCUACAAUUACCCGUCUCACUUGAAAAGGGAUUUCUGCUGCAGACUGGCAAGUGAUGAACUCGUGUACCUUUAGGCAACAAAUAGUGUAUUUUCUCGUUUAUGGAAAUUUUUUGUACAUUUGUUAAUUUCUUAAAAAUUGAAUAUCGAUGUGCUGGUUGUCAGUGCAUUAGCAAUUGU